UGUUGACAAAUGUACUAACAACAGAAAAAACAAAAUCGUGACAAAUUUUGCUUUGUUUUGUAACAGGAAAAUAAUGGAAGUCGCCCAGAAUCUCGGAACAAAGAAAGAAGGGAUCCCAUCGUUAAUUAGAUCGAUCGAUGCUAACGAAGUUGUGGGAUUUGAUGAUGAUCUUAUGAAGCAAAAUGUGAUGGAAAAUAAUUUUGAAUUAAUGGAUUCUGGAGGAGAUAAAAUAGAACCUGAAAUAUUGAACGACUGUUUAAACCACCGUAGAACGCCGUCGAUAUCCAUCAGUAUGCCACCGUCUCCAAUGGGAGCUCCACUGCAAAACACUAGAAGAGUUGCAUUCAGAGACGACGUUGAACUUGUUGGCACGAACUUGAACGAGCAACCAACUGUUUCGGCCACUAAAUUCCACUCGCAGCCCAUACCCACCGGGGUCGGGUUUGAAGAAGCCGUGGCAGCCGGUAAGUUUCCGAGAAUCGAGAAAGUGAAGAAGGAUGAUGAGAGGUACAAUUCUUUCAAAACAUGGUCUGGUAAACUGGAGAGACAAAUCUCCACAUUGCGAGGAAAACCGCCAGGUGAGCAGCCGGUUAUUACUCCCCGGAGCGAGAAUUUGCCGGUUCAUCGCUAUUUUGAUGCGUUAGAAGGACCGGAGCUGGAAACACUCAGGCCAUCUGAGGAAUUAGUCCUACCAGACGACAAAAAAUGGCCAUUUCUUCUCCGCUAUCCAGUCUCAUCGUUCGGUAUAUGUCUCGGAGUCAGCAGUCAAGCGAUAAUGUGGAAGAAUUUAGCGUCGUCAGCCGCAACACAUUUUCUACAUGUAAGUCCCAAAGUGAACCUGAUUCUAUGGUGCAUCUCCAUAGGCCUUUUCACGGUAGUGGCAGCUGCAUAUAUUCUGAAACUCAUCUUCUACUUCGAAGCAGUUCGUAGAGAAUACUACCAUCCAAUUCGAGUUAACUUCUUCUUCGCCCCAUGGGUCGCACUACUGUUUUUGGCUAUAGGACUUCCACCAACAGUUGCCACAAGCAUACCGCAUUUUCUAUGGUAUAUUUUAAUGACACCCAUUUUCAUCCUAGAGGUCAAGAUCUACGGCCAGUGGAAGUCCGGUGGCCAGCGAAGGUUAUCCAAGGUGGCGAAUCCUGUUAACCAUUUAUCCAUUGUUGGAAACUUCGUUGGAGCUUUGUUGGGCGCCUCGAUGGGGUUAAAAGAAGGCCCCAUUUUCUUCUUUGCGGUUGGAAUCGCGCAUUACACGGUGUUGUUUGUGACUUUGUAUCAAAGACUUCCUACCAAUGAAACUUUGCCCAAAGAGCUUCAUCCUGUUUUCUUUCUUUUUAUUGCUGUUCCAAGUGUUGCUUCUAUGGCGUGGGCUAAUAUCAAUGGGUCGCGAAUCGCUUACUUCCUCGCCAUGUUCCUCUAUUUCUCUCUGGCGGUUCGAGUGAAUUUCUUCAGAGGAUUCACGUUCUCGUUGGCAUGGUGGGCAUAUACUUUUCCGAUGACUGGAGCUGCAAUCGCGACAAUUCGAUACACAAACGAAGUCACAAACACUUUCACUAAAAUUUUAACUGUGACCCUUUCGGUGAUUGCAACCCUGACGGUUUUUGGCUUACUCAUAACCACAAUUCUACAUGCUUUUGUGAUGAGAGAUCUCUUCCCGAACGACAUCGCCAUUGCCAUAAGUGACCGGAAGCCCACAACUGUUCGAAAGUGGUUCCACCGGAGGUCAGGCAGCUCCGACAAAGACAUUGAACAUUUCCUUAAAUAUGUGACAUCAAACGAGAAAGAUGUGGAGGUUACGGUGAAAGCUGGAGAUGUUGAAAGUCAAAGUCCAUUGCCAUGAAAUAAUGUAUUGAGAUGUUAGUGAUGAUGAUACAAUUGAGGAACAUGGCUACCAUCUUCCGAUGAUGUUGGAUGUUUAGUGCGUGGGGGACAUUCUAUGCUGUAUGUUGCUGAGUUUUGAAUUUUGUGUCGGUAUUUUAAGCUGUAUGUUGUUUUCAGUAUUUUGAAUGUGUAAGUGCUUGUUCAUUGUAUUUACCUAUAUGUUUGUUGAAAUGUUCCUUAAUACGUUGGGAGUUAUAUUUUAUAGAAAACGUUUUCUGCCCA